GUCGGUGGGGGAGAGUCGGCUGGCUGCGCGCGCAGGCUUCUGGGAGCCGGUGAAGAGAAGCUACACGUGUCCUGGAGGUCGUGUGGAAACGCUAACAUGCAGGGGGAACCAAGUCCUACCGCUUCUCUCAUUGACAGAACCAUCAAGAUGAGAAAGGAGACCGAAGCAAAGAAAGUGGUCUUAGCCUGGGGCCUUCUGAACCUGUCAGUUGCUGGCAUGAUUUACACUGAAAUGUCCGGGAAACUUUUAAGUUCCUAUUAUAACAUUUCUGGCUGGUUACUGUGGUAUAUUGAGCUUGCCCUUGCAUCCCUCUUCAGCCUCAAUGCCUUGUUUGAUUUCUGGAGAUACUUCAAAUACACCGUGGCCCCAACCAGCCUGGUCGUGAGUCCUGGGCAGCAGUCCCUCCUUGGACUGCAGAAUGCGGUGGUCCAGACAACUCCACCGCAUGAGCUGGUGCCGAAGAGAACACCUCCUUCCACACCCUCCUCUCCCAUCCAAGGCCAAAGUGUGCUGAGUUACAGCCCUUCCCGCUCGCCUAGUGCCAGCCCCAAAUUUGCUGCCGGCUGCAUGUCCAGCUACAGCCCUCAGCUUCAGGCCCUGUCAGGUGGAAGCGGCUCCUUUGGCGCUUCAGUGAGCUAUUCUCCAGGCAGCAGCUACAAUAAGGUACCAUCUUUCAGCCCUUCUCCAGGUCCUUCGCCAUACCCCACCAGCAUCGGCCCAGUGGAUACCAGCGGAAUGAGGUCUCGGUACCGUUCAUCACCAACUGUCUAUAACUCACCAACUGGCAAGGAAGACUACAUGACAGACCUCAAGUCGCUAGAGAGCUUCCUCCGAAGCGAGGAAGAGAAACAGCAUAGAGUUCAGCUGGGUAGCUCAGAUUCCAGCUCUCCGUCUAGCAGUCCGACCUUCUGGAACUACAGCCGGUCCAUGGCGGACUACGCACAGAUGCUCAGGAAAUUCCAGUACCAGCCGGCAUGCAGGUCUCAAGCUCCCUCAGCCCACAAAGAUGAAGCCGAUCUGAGUUCCAAGCAGGCUGCUGAAGAGGUUUGGGCCAGAGUUUCAAUGAGCAGACAGCUACUCGAUCACAUGGACUCCUGGACGGCCAAGUUCAGAAAUUGGAUUAAUGAGACCAUUUUAGUGCCCCUGGUUCAAGAAACUGAGUCUGUGAGCACUCAGCUGAGAAGGAUGGGCUGUCCAGAGCUACAAAUUGGAGAUGCCAGUAUCAGCAGCCUGAAGCAAGCAGCCCUGGUGAAAGCGCCGCUCAUUCCUACUUUAAACACGAUCGUGCAGUACCUGGACCUUACGCCAAACCAGGAGUACUUGGUUGAAAGGAUCAAAGAGCUUUCUCAAGGUGGGUGCAUGAGCUCGUUCCGAUGGAAUCGUGGCGGAGACUUCAAAGCGCGCAAAUGGGAUACAGACUUACCCACGGAUUCGGCAAUUGUUAUGCACGUGUUCUGCACGUACCUUGACUCAAGGCUGCCGCCACAUCCAAAAUACCCAGAUGGAAAAACCUUUACCUCCCAGCAUUUCAUUCAAACACCUGACAAGCCAGAUAUUUCAAACGAGAACUUGUUUUGCAUCUAUCAGAGCAGCAUCAAUCCCCCCCACUAUGAACUUAUUUACCAGCGGCAUGUCUACAAUCUUCCCAAGGGCAGAAACAACAUGUUCCAUACCUUGCUUAUGUUCCUGUACAUCAUCAAAACAAAAGAGUCUGGGAUGCUUGGACGGGUCAAUCUUGGCUUAUCUGGCGUGAAUGUUCUGUGGAUUUUUGGAGACUAAGGUGCUUGCCGGCUGGUGCAAUAGAAAUCCUGGUGAAUGCCUGCCGCCUGUUGGGGAAGAGGACUUGGCAGCUUGGGGCCUUAAAAACAUGGCUUGGAUGUUAAGCGAGAAAUUUUUAAAACUGUCUUUGGGACAUAGUGAAAUAUUUUUAGCACUGAAGCUGAAGAAUUUCCAGCUGAAGAUGAAGGUCCAUCGCUCCUGGAAUGAGGUGAGCUUCCCUUUUGGAGUCUCACUUCUGCUGGGUAAAAUUUCCCUUUUGGACAGCAGACGUUGGAAGUUUUGCGUCUGUGCCACUUCUGCUUGACAUCAGGCACGCCAUGAAUUGCAACAGUUGCAGAAGUAUGAUGCUGAGUCAUAGAAUAACAUCUUACUGAACUGGGUCCAGAGAAUUCAAGUGUACCGCUGGUAGCUGCGUGUAUUUUUAGUAACCUCCCCUUUUUUGAAAGGGAGAGGAACGGUCACAUGAGCUCAUCGAAGUGGAAAGUCCCAGAAAUCCCAGACCCACAACAAAGCCAGAGUGCUGCAUUCAGGUGCUGUGUUGUCUUCUCAAUUGCUGCUACCCUCCUCCUUCAAAGGCCAUGUGCCUUUGGCUUGCUAAGAGGGUUGGCGGGUUUGCUCUAUUCCAAAUUGCCCUUGCAAGCAGCCACAUCAGCAGUAACAUUUUGAAGUGAUCUGGCUGCUACAAAAUAGUCUCUGUUUUUAAGCAAAGUAUACUUUUAACAUACUUUCUCCCCCCCCCCCCCGCCCAAGGCCUUUGGAAAGUGGUGUUUCUUCUGUUCUGGUCUCUUGAGAUUUUGUACCCGUAUUUCUUUUUUCAAAUUCUGAGGUUUUGAUGAGACUCCGGGAAGUGCACAGUUUGACUGGCUUCCACAUCUCCGAAAGAAUGCAUUUUCUUUUCCUGUGCAUUACACUGCAAAUAACUGGGGGUCCUUGAGGCCCGUAGCUUGGAAAGCGUGAGCAUGAGAUCAGCUUUUUGGCUACAGAGAAUGAACUUAAUGUGUAGAAAUUGGGGCAUCGUGCUAUUAUUCCAGCAAAGCUGCCUCAUGAGUCACGUUACCCAAAAAGAAAAAAACUACUUUUUACUCUUCAGGUAAAAUCACGAGUGACCAGAGAGGAGAGGCCACACUUGAAGGACGCCUAUUUCUUUGCAAACUCUGGCAUGUUUUGUUUGCUUAAUAGAACAUGGAAUCCCUCCAGGAACAUCAGUUGUAAAACCCUGUUGGAGUGAACAGGCCCUGCUCCCGUCUUAUCAGUGAUGCUUUCCAAGUGGGCUGCAAGCUCUUUGGUUACAGUUAAGCAUCUCCUUUGUUGGGGAUGCCCCCUGGCACAACAUACGAGUUCUGUAACAUCACGUUCAAGGUGACCAGCUUAGUGAGUGAUGCUGGAAAGCAAUUUAUAAAGUAUGUUUUCAUAACCCUCGGUACCGAAACCUGAAUUUAUUGCCCGGAACUGUAUUGUUUGUGGGUCUAACCUGGCUUGCUGGGGCCAAAAAUAACACUUCUUAACAUCUCCUGGAAUAGCGCUAACAGGCCCAAAUCCAGUUCUGUAACACCUUUCCUGAAGCGUCCCACUGGUCAUGCCAUGAUCCAAAUUGGGAUUCUUGUAAGCAGAACCUCAUGUUUGCCUCUUCACUGGGUCUUUGUACUGUAUUUUAUAGGAACCAGGUUGGGAAAGUCGGUAGAAGGGGGGUGGUUGAUGGAGCUGUUAGAUAUACUACGCUGUGACAGAAGACCACAUUUCUCAUCCAAGCUACAAUCUCCUUGGGGAGUUAAAGGCCUUUGUUAAUAUCUUGAUUCUGUCAUUA